AUGGAGACCUUGGUCGAGCCAGAGAGAGUGAAGGCGUUGCGAGGAAGCCUGGAAUACAUACAGUAUCAACACAGCCUGGAGGCUAAAUACCUCCCCGCCAUCAGGGCGCUCAUUUCGAAAGACCUCAGUGAACCAUACAGCAUAUAUGUUUACCGGUACUUCCUCUGCCAAUGGGCUCAUCUCUGCUUCUUGGUUUGCGCCCAACUCACUUCAGUCAGCCACCAUUCAACUGACACGACUUUCCAGGCUCUCGACCCGGUGGACCACUCUCUGAUCGGUGUUAUCAUCUGCAAGCUGGAAAUACAUGCUGUGCACUCUACGCCGACGCGCAGAGGCUACAUUGCUAUGCUUGCUGUCGCAUCGCCCUAUCGCGGGCAUGGAGUGGCCACUGCAUUGGUGAAACGCGCCAUCCAAGCCAUGGCGGACAGGAAAGCAGAUGAAAUUGUCCUCGAGACAGAAGAGACAAACACACCAGCCAUGCGUCUGUACGAGCGUCUAGGGUUUCUGCGGUCCAAGAAGUUGCAUCGCUAUUAUCUCAAUGGCAACAGUGCCUAUCGACUAGUGCUACUCUUGAGAUCAGUGGACCCGGACAAUUGCCCGGAUCCCAAUGACGGGGAGAUUCUGUGA